UAGGUCAAUGCACCUCUCAGAGCCUCAGUUUCCUCAUCUUUAAUGUAGUGAUACGAGAAUACCUAGUUCAGGUUUGCUGUGCGGAUGGAAAGAGACAGGGUGGGUGGCCAAUCCUUCAGCGUAGGUCUGGGUAGAAGGAAGGAUAGGACAAGAGGAGCUGUCACUUGUAGUCACCUCUGGGGUAAAACCUUCCCCGCUCAACGCUACACCACGCUGAGUCAUGGAGGAAACUUUACGGCAGGAUGGGGCCAAUUCUAAAGGACACUUCCUCCCUUUCUCGGCGCCUUAGUUCUCCCCUGAGCUAUGCGGCUCUGCAGACCUGGGCCCGCGGGGUGCGCGGCGGGACGAUCCUGCGCAGCCGAGGCUGUGUCAGCACCAAGGACUUCCAACAGCUCUUGGCAGAGCUUCAGCAGGAGGUGGCACGGCGGCAGAGGCUGGGGCAGGAGUCAGCUGCCAGGAAAGCCCUCAUCGCCAGUUCUUACCACCCAGCACGGCCAGAGGUUUACAAUUCACUGCAGGAUGCAGCUCUGGCUCCUGAGUUUCUGUCUGUUGCAGAGUACAGUGCAUCCCCAGGUGCAGACCUCCAAAGCCUUCUCCAGCGGCUGCAGACAGUGUCAGAAGAGAAGCGCAUCUACCGGGUGCCUGUAUUUACUGCGUCUUUCUGCCAAGCCCUGCUGGAGGAGCUGGAGCAUUUUGAGCAGUCAGACAUGCCCAAGGGAAGGCCCAACACCAUGAACCAUUAUGGGGUGCUGCUGCAUGAGUUGGGCUUGGACGAACCACUGGUGACACCACUGCGGGAACGAUUCCUGCAGCCAUUGAUGGCCCUGCUGUACCCAGACUGUGGUGGGGGCCAGCUUGACAGUCACCGCGCCUUUGUGGUCAAAUAUGCACCAGGCCAGGACCGUGAGCUGGGCUGCCACUAUGAUAAUGCUGAGCUCACUCUCAAUGUGGCCCUGGGCAAGGCCUUCACAGGAGGUGCCCUAUACUUUGGAGGCCUCUUCCAGGCACCAGCUGCCCUGACAGAGCCCCUGGAGGUGCAGCAUGUGGUGGGCCAGGGUGUCUUGCACCGGGGCGGACAGCUGCAUGGGGCCCGGCCACUAGGCACUGGUGAGCGCUGGAACCUCGUGGUGUGGCUCCGGGCCUCUGCUGUGCGCAACCGCCUCUGUCCUAUGUGCUGCCGUGAGCCAGACCUGGUGGACGACGAGGGAUUUGGCGAYGGCUUCACCCGGGAGGAGCCCACCACGGUGGAUGUGUGUGCGCUAACUUGAGCCUGGUUUGGCCCAGUGGUGGUGGGGAGGUGGUGUGGCAAGUGAGGACCUGCCAUCUCACGUUGGAAGGGGCAGAAAUAAACUUGCAACCAUGGAACUCCUUGGAUCAAAAGRUUAGGCCAGCAUCUGGGUCAUUAUUUCCAGAGGUAGGCUGGCUUAGUGCAGGUUUGCUUGAAGCAGAGCUUGAUAUGGGAUUCAUGGAGGGUGGAUCCUCAGAGGGGAGUAGGGAAGCAGGAGAGGGUACUGAAAGUGGCUUCACAAAGAUGUGGUUUCAGGUGACAGUCCAGCAUCAGCCUGCUCCUGGGGAGCUCCAGAGCUAGAAUUCCCACCAGUUGGUUCCUAGUAACAGUUAGUUGCUCCUGGAUGGAGCUGCAGAGGCAGGAGUAACUUCCCAGAAAUCUGCCUCCAGGGGAGGGUGGCUCCCAGUGACUGCAGGAGGCCUUCAAUGAAGAGUAUUAGUGGUGGACAGCACCAAUUGCAACCUCUGAAUGGGUGUAAAAGGCUUACUUGGAGAAAUCAAGAACAGAUUUCUGGAGCCAGACUACCUGGAUUCAGAUCCUGGCUCUGCCACUUUCCACUGUGUGGCCAUGGGUGACCCACUGACCUCUAUGCUCUAGGUGCUAAUGUGAGAAUCCAAUGACCUAACACAGAUAAAGUGAUUUAUAUCAGCCCUCGGCUGUGUUUGUUAUUUUUAUUGAAGACCUUAUAACUGGGUGGCCCUAAAAUUGAUGAGGUGUGUACACAGAACUGUGCUUUUUGGGGGCUACACAUCUGAUAACCAAGGUGUUUCCAUAUUGAAAUCUUAAUUUUUUUUAGUUGUUAAUGGACCUUUUAUU